AUGACACUUACUGAAAGAAAACGUGAAGAAAUUAUAUCUGCUCGAAAAUUAGAUAAGUUGUAUAGACAAAUUGCCAAACUUGUCAGAUAUGAUCCCAAGACAGUUAAAAAUAUGCUAAACAGACUUGAAAACCCAUCUCAAAUAUUACCGAAUCAUCGAGGAAGACUACUAAUCUUAGAUGAAUCAGUACAAGAUCAUCUAUCACAACUUGUUUUAA